GUCCUAAAUGGGAGGAGGUUGGGGAUGCGUUUGUGUUCAGUGAGGCGGUGCCUGCCCUGCCAGCUCCAGACUGCGGCGGGCAGAGCUGUUCGUUACAGAAAUGGCGGAGGGGGAGUUGGACGUCGAUUCACUGAUUUCCAGGCUUUUAGAGGUGCGAGGAUGUCGGCCAGGGAAGAUUGUCCAGAUGACAGAGGCUGAGGUCCGCGGCCUCUGCAUCAAGUCACGAGAGAUCUUCCUUAGUCAGCCAAUCCUUCUGGAGCUGGAGGCUCCACUCAAAAUCUGUGGUGAUAUCCAUGGACAGUACACAGACCUGUUGAGGCUCUUUGAGUAUGGCGGCUUCCCCCCCGAGGCCAACUAUCUGUUUCUGGGUGACUAUGUGGACAGAGGGAAGCAGUCUUUGGAGACCAUCUGCCUGCUGCUGGCCUACAAGAUCAAAUACCCUGAGAACUUCUUCCUGCUCAGGGGCAACCACGAGUGUGCCUCCAUCAACCGCAUCUAUGGCUUCUAUGACGAGUGUAAACGCAGAUUUAACAUAAAGCUGUGGAAGACGUUCACCGACUGCUUCAACUGCCUGCCCAUCGCUGCCAUAGUGGACGAGAAGAUCUUCUGCUGUCAUGGAGGUCUCUCUCCAGACCUGCAGUCUAUGGAGCAGAUUAGACGCAUCAUGAGACCUACAGAUGUGCCCGACACAGGCCUCCUCUGUGACCUCCUGUGGUCAGACCCAGACAAGGACGUCCAGGGCUGGGGAGAAAAUGACCGUGGCGUUUCCUUCACCUUUGGAGCCGAUGUGGUCAGCAAGUUCCUCAACCGCCACGACCUGGACCUCAUCUGCAGAGCCCACCAGGUGGUAGAAGAUGGUUACGAAUUCUUUGCCAAGCGGCAGCUGGUGACACUGUUCUCAGCUCCCAACUACUGUGGGGAGUUUGACAACGCUGGCGGCAUGAUGAGCGUUGAUGAAACCCUGAUGUGCUCCUUCCAGAUCCUGAAGCCAUCUGAGAAGAAAGCCAAGUACCAGUAUGGAGGGAUGAACUCUGGUCGGCCCGUCACUCCUCCCCGCACAGCCCAACCUCCAAAGAAACGAUGAAGAAGGAAGGAGGGAAGAGGAGACGCAGAGAACAAGCAGGAGAGAGAUAAUUGUCUCCUGUUGGCUUUUCACUACACAAAAUAAGUCAAAGCAACACUUGGCAGAGGAGAAACAGAGGAACACAACUAUUUUAAGAGACACACCCAAAAAGCUGUCUUUCAUUUUCAUUUUUUUCUGAUCUUCCUCUGAACUGCUGUCACUCUUCUUCUUCCUCAAUGCUUAUUUUUUUUCUGCAUCUGUGUAACAUUUUUUAAAACUAGUGUUAAGAGAAAACAAUACCAAGGUGUCAUUCUGUCGCAUAUCAGAGUGUUUUGGUCUCUUUGUCCUUUUGCCUUUUAUUUUCUUGACAACAGAAUGACAACUAGUUUAGUUGACCACAUCUCCCUACUCCCCUGCCUAUACAGGCACAACAGGUAUUAAUGACAACUGCUGGGUUUUCAAUAAAUACAGGAAAUAAAUCCA